UGGGCGGGUGCUGCCCGGGGCAGGGGACCGCGCUCUCCCGGGCUGCUGUGCCUGGAUCGGCGAGGACUGGACGCCUUAUCUUCCGGAGCAGCGCGGGCUGCUGGGGAGUUACACGGUUCAAAGAGCGGCCUAGGGAAAGGGGCAGCAACUGCAAAGCCAGAGUCGAGCGAACGCUGAAUUUCCUGGGCUUCAGUUAUCUCUGAAAACUUUACGCAGCGUUUGAUCGAACACCGCCAGCGGAAUAGCUCGGCCUUCAUGCAGGAUGCUGUAUUCUCUGCUCCUUUGUGAAUGUCUGUGGCUUAUAAGUGGUUAUGCUUCUGAUGAUGACUGGAUUGAUCCCACAGACAUGCUUAACUAUGAUGCUGCUUCAGGAACAAUGAGAAAAUCUCAGGUGAAAUAUGAUGUAUCAGAGAAAAAAGAUGUCAGUCCUGACUUGUCAUGUGCUGAUGAAUUGUCGGAAUGUUAUAGCAAACUUGAUUCUUUAACUCAUAAGAUCAGUGAGUGUGAAAAGAAAAAGAGGGAAGACUAUGAAAGUCAAAGCAAUCCUGUUUUUAGGAGAUACUUAAAUAAAAUUUUAAUUGAAGCCAGGAAGCUCGGACUUCCUGAAGAAAACAAAGGUGAUAUGCAUUAUGAUGCUGAGAUUAUCCUAAGAAGACAAACCUUGUUAGAAAUACAGAAGUUUCUCAGUGGAGAGGAUUGGAAGCCAGGAGCCUUGGAUGAUGCACUAAGUGAUAUUUUAAUUAAUUUUAAGCUUCAUGAUUUUGAAACAUGGAAGUGGCGAUUUGAAGACUCUUUUGGAGUGGAUCCGUAUAAUGUGUUGAUGGUGCUUCUGUGUCUGCUCUGCAUCGUGGCACUGGUGGCUACCGAGCUGUGGACCUAUGUGCAUUGGUACACCCAGCUGAGACGGGUUUUAUUCAUCAGUUUUCUCGUCAGUUUGGGAUGGAAUUGGAUGUAUUUAUAUAAGCUAGCCUUCGCACAGCAUCAGGCCGAGGUUGCCAAGAUGGAGCCGUUAAACAACGUGUGUGCUGAGAAGAUGGACUGGAUUGGAAGUCUCUGGGAAGUGUUUAGAAGUUCAUGGACCUAUAAGGAUGACCCAUGCCAAAAAUACUAUGAGCUCUUGUUAGUCAACCCUAUUUGGUUGGUCCCACCAACAAAGGCACUGGCAGUUACGUUCACCAACUUUGUCACGGAGCCAUUGAAACACAUUGGAAAAGGAGCUGGUGAAUUUAUUAAAGCGCUCAUGAAGGAGAUGCCAGUAUUACUUCACAUUCCCGUGCUGAUAAUUAUGGCACUGGCUGUCCUGAGUUUCUGCUAUGGUGCUGGAAAAUCAGUUAAUAUGCUGAGACAAAUAAGUGGUCCCGAGAGAGAACCACCCCGGGCACUUGAGCCAGGUGACAGAGGACGGCAGAAGGAAGUUGAUUAUAGACCCCAUGGUGGAGCAGGUGAUACAGAUUUCUAUUAUAGAGGCCCGAUCGGCCCCGUUGAGCAAGGCCCUUAUGACAAAACAUAUGAGGGUAGAAGAGAUGUUUUGAGACAGACAGAUGUUGACUUGAGACUUAAGACUGGCAACAAGAGCCCCGAAGUGCUCCGGGCAUGUGAUUUACCAGACGCAGAGGCGAGAGAGCAUCCCAAGGCGGUACCCAGUCAUAAAUUUCCUGUUUUGGAUGCAAAGCCCAAAGAGAUUGGAAUCCCAGGAGAAAGCACACUGCCAGAAAGCAGCACUGAAAGCAGCCAGUCCACUAAGCCUGUCGCUGGUGCAGAGACAUCAGAGAAGGCGGAAGGUACAUCUGCGGAGGAAAAGGGCCAGCUCAGGACCGAGGCCAGAGGCAGCCCAGAGGAAGGCGGUGGUGCAUCCAGCCCCGCCAGCUGUGGAAAGGACCCGGAUGCUGGCCCAUGUGGCUAGAGGAACACAGACUCGGACCACAGCUCCAAGGUCGUCUUUGGGUUUUGUAAAGUAUACUCUUCACAACCGUGCACUCUUCUCUACACAUAUUCUGACAUUUACUAUACAGGUGCCAACUUCUACAUUAAUAUUUUUAUUGACCAUCAGGACGAAUGAAUACACAUGUAUUUCUGUUUAGUUUUUAAUCUUUUGUCAGUUUAAUUUCAUUUUCAUAUUGAAACCUCCCAAAAAGUUUUAACGUGUUAAUUAUGGAACGGGAUCUCAUCGAUGAACACAUGGCAAGUAUCACUGAUUUCAAAUAAAGAGGUCAGUUUGAUUCAGGGGACAGUGAAAAAGUUGAUGGUUCACAGGCUUAGAUAGGAACCAACUAGCCAAUGUGCGUGGUGCCUAGCGGAGAAGCCCGAGGACACCUACCUUAGUUAAUAAUUUGUUGUGCAUUGGAUUUGAUAUGUUUCUGCAAGUGGGAGUACCCAAAAAUAGUUUUUAAGGAGAGUCCACUGUGGUCAAGUUUACUCUCGUCAUGCACUUCGGUGUCUUCAUGCAGCCAUGGAGUGUGUGUCCGUUUGUCUCUGUGUAGGCUGCCUUAGCUCAUCAUGGCUUUGUCAUUCCCUAUCCCAUCUCCAUCUCUCAACUCUCCCAGCGAUGACUGGGCCCGCUUCCUGGUCACCUAUCUUACUUUACCCUCAGCUAAGAACUGAAGAUUGCCAGGAGAAUUUAGUUAUUAGCACAUCUUAAGUCGGUAAUCUGGGUUUUACAUAGUCCGUAGACUUGGAGAAUAGCUCUAUUUCAAUAUGUACUUUACACAUUGGUCAAGUACAUUAUCUUUGCUAAACAGCAUAAUCUCUCUACAUCCCUGGUCAAAUACUAAAAAAUGCCACUGUCAAGAUUUUUAAAAACUUACCUCAGCAAGAGGGUGUCAAAUUUAACGUUAAUAUUAUUUUCUAGUUUAAUCUUGCAAACAUCUUUAGUAUUUCAUCAAAAAGGUAGUAUUCCCCCCCCCAAUACAACAGAAGUUUGUAUAAAAAUUUGUAACAUAGUAGGUAUGUAAUAUAUGAACUAAUGCAAAGGAUGCCUGCAGUUUGGGGAUUUUUGAACAUCAAUACAUAUAAAGGCCUCUCUUGUGGCACCUGGGUGGCUCAGUUGGUUAAGCAUCUGACUUCAUCUCAGGUCAUGAUCUCACAGUUUGUGAGUUCAAGCCCUGCACGGGCUCUGUGCUGACAGCUCAGAGCCUGGAGCCUGCUUCAGAUUCUGUGUUUCCCUCGCGCACUCUCUCUCUCUCUGCCCCUCCCCUGCUCAUUCUCUCUCUCCCCCCCCUCUGAAAAAUAAACAUUGAAAAAAAAGCCUCUUUGAGGGCCAGACCUGUUUAUGCUAGUUGGUAAAUAUGCACCUAGGGUGGUUAGGUGUCCUUUGAGCUGUGAUUAGACUCUAAAGAGUAUCGAAUGCCUCAGGUGACAGACUGUAACAAUGAGAGUGGAGUUAAUGCUGUUUGAACUCCUUUUUAUCAAUCUAAAAACGAGUCUGUAAAAAAUUAAAAUAUCGUCUUUGUAUUCUUUCAUUACAGAUAACUGUUGGGGGAUGCAGUCCACUUUGACAGCUAGCAAAGCAACAUACAUUCAACUGCUGUCGAAUGACAGCAAAUAGGGAAGACUAAAGCAAACUGAACAGAUCAAGGGCAGUCUAGAACUUGGAGUAAUAGGCUUGUUUAUUGUCCAGCUCAUAUUUAUCAAAAUCAAGAAUUGUAGCAACAGGCUUUUAGGAGAAUCAGUAGGGUAUACAGCUUUUUAAAAGCAGUUUUUAAAUGGAAUAAUGAAUGUUUACAGGCUCUUAACUACAGUAUACACAAAAUACUUAUUUUACAUAAUUGUGGUUUGGUAUGCUGUCUUUGCUCAUUGAAUAUGCUUAAAAGAAAAAACCCAUGAAACUUACAUACAGGUUUUAAAAGGACGCUAUCUAGGACAUUAUAUCCUAUAUAUAAUAUAUACAUCAUAAAGUGAUCCAGGUGUUAACAGAGUACUUUUGACAAAAUUUGUCUGAUCUUAGAACCAAGAAUACUUUUUUUUUCCUGAGCCUUUAAUGUGAUUCCAGAUCGAGUAACUUUCUUCUGUUUUAUUUUUGUGAAUAUUGGCCAUUUGGAGAAGUGAUUCUCACUGCCCAUCAAGUCACCUGAAAGACUUUGAGAAAGGACAGAGGCCCAGAGCCCCAGAUACCAUCCCAGCUGUGCAGAAUCAAAAGCAACCAGAGGUGGUGAAUGAGUUCUGGGUGUGGGCAUUUGCAUUUUACAGUUCAGACUUAGCCUGUCCCAUCCUUGCUGUCUUCUUUUGCUAAAUCUACUUCCUGUCAUGUUGUAUUGUGUACCCUUGUAAACUGCCUUCAGUUCCUGAGAUGAAGGGAGGCUUAAUGACGACUGAGGGCUUAACCUACAUCUUUCAUACUUAAAUUUUGUGAGUUUUCAUGUGUUCUCUAUUUUCAUGGCCUAGGUUCUUGAUACAACCACAGGAGUUUGGGGUUUGUUUUUUGAUAUUAGGUCUUAAACAGUAUUUUGCAACAGAAGAUAUAAUUUUAAGCCACACACACUUUAAAAUUCAAGGGUCCAGAACAUGCUAAAAGUUUAUUUCUUAGAGUUGUUUUUAUAAUGGGUUUGAACUAAUAACAUACUGAAAAUAGGAUUUUUAGCAGAAAAAAGAUCUAGAUUCUUUUAAUAAAGACUACAUAACUUUUUUA